AUGGCUAACAUAUUUACCUUAAAAAAGUCCAUUCUCUCCUAUCUUAAUUUGAGCGGAGGACUUCAGAAACUCGUCAAUGACUGUGCAUCCUUUAACGAUCCCCAGCAUGCUAAGGACGUGUACCGCUUUUGCAUUACCGUCAACCCCUCUGAUGUGAUUGAUUUGGACGCUGAACUGGGUGACUGUAUCUUACACGACCCCCAGCGAGCCACCUCCUUGUUUCAGUCUGUUUGCUUCACAGCCAUUAAGAAUCUUUCACUUGUCAAGAAAAUACAAACAGAGUGCCAGGUGAACGUCGUUUUAAAGCUGACACACUUGCCUCCUUUUCCGGAGUAUGUCUUGAACCUGGCCACUUUCCCCCGCAUGCGUCAAAGCAUGUGGCCCGUCCUUAUGGAGGGCCUGGCCAUUGCUACCACCUGGGUUACUAAAUACACCCAGGGGACCAGGUUCCUCUGCAGUAAUGACUGUUGUCCCUUCUCUUUGGGAUUCCACACCAUCCGCUUUCACGCGCCGGGAGCCACUGAGUCGGCAACCGUGGACAACGAUUUCACUUGCAUGGUUUGCACCUCACCUUUCAAAGAGGACAUCAAGUUCAGAGUGUUGGGAGACAAGCAGCUGGUGGAAUUGAUCCACGUCAAUGCACUCAACGUCCUCCAUGCUCCUCAACAAACCGCUAUUAGAUACCAGUCGGUCACAUUCUUCCUCAGAGACGAGCUGUGUAACGCGAUGAGCAUCGGUCGGCUCUACAGAGUGAUCGGCAUACCUGCACGUGUGCACCGCUCGCCCAACAUCACCUGGAGCGUGGAGGCCAACAGCGUCCAACCGUGGGAACCCGAGUAUCCACAUGAAAUCAGUGUCAAGUUCAAGGCGCUGCUUGACGCUACCAGAGGUUCUCCUUGGAGGUUUGCCGCUGUGGUCACUAACUGCUUCGCUCUGGAUGUGCUUCCCCUGGGCCUCUUCAACACCUUGAAGCUCAGCUUGUUGCUCAGCUUGUUGCAAACUGAAGCAGAAGCAAAAAACACAGUUUUCAACUUGGAUCUUUUGGUCAUGACAGAUGACAAACUCAUACUGGACAGGUUGAUGGCAUAUGCGCUGAGCUUGGCACGUCGCGGGGUGCGGCAUCCUGCUUCGGAGAAGAUGUUUGCGUCCCUGUCCCAGGAUGAGCACGGGGUGGGCACCGCCAACAUCCACGCCGGCUCCGCCCUGCUGGCCACCGGCGGCAUUUGCAUGCUGGGAGAUUUGAAUGGCUUUGUGAAGGACGAGCUGGAUGCCAUUCAGUCAGUUCUGGACAGUCGCACUACAUCCGUGUUCAUCCCCGGCAAGAAAUAUGGCGAGGCUGUUGACCAGAAGCUUAGCUUCCCGGUCUCGUGCAGCUUCUGGGCCUUCACAGACUCUACUCACCCUCCUCAGCGCUCGGGGAGGGCACACGAUGUCACACUGGGAGCUGCGGGAAUGGGUGCUAUACCGCCUCAACUGGCAGACAGCUUUGGCCUGGUGGUCCAGGUAGAUCAGGGCGGGAAGCAGACGGUGCUCGCGCAGGCUGUCCACACCCUCCGACAAGCAGUUCUGCCUGAGGAACAUCACCCAUCCUUGAUGAACUUCUCCGCUGAAGACUACGAGGGACUGGUGGCCCACGCACAAAAUUUGAAAGUGGAGCUGAGCACCAGCGCACAGAUGAUGAUCCAUGGCUACUACAUGGCCAGCCGUGCGGUCUGCUCACAAACCCACGCUGCCAAGAUGUCUAUGGCUUCUAUCAAAUUGUUGAUCUCUUUAGCAGAGGCCCACUCCAAAUUAAGCCUGCGACGGCAGGUAGUAGAGGAAGACGCAGUGAUUGCGGUGCUCCUCUGCGAGAACUCUAGCACUCUCAAGCAUGGUACGUUUCCGCAUGUCAUCAUUACGCCACCAACUUUCCCUUGGACCAAACUACCCCCCCCCCACACACACACAGGGGCUUCAGCGCUCGUUAUCCCGCCCGACGCCGCCUUUCCCAAUGAUCUGGGAGAUGUGGAUGGCCUGCUCAGGAGAGAGCGAGCCCUGGAUCUACUCCGGCAGGACAUCCUACGCUUUAUCCACGCCUACGCGCCACAGGCCGUUAAAGACAUCAGGGAGGAGUAG